AUGCCAGCAGUUCGCUCAUUGGCAGGUGAGAUACCAAGGCUGUGCUGGCAAGGAAGGACGAACAGUAAAGGCUGGUUGGGGGCAAGGCAGACAGGCCAGGCAUCCUCCGCUGAUCGGCAUCAGAGAUGCAGAUGUAGUUGGAAGCACCAACGGAGAGACGGACGAAAACUACCAGACAUUCCUGGACCUGAGCUACGCCGUGGCCAAGGUGCUAAUCAAGGUGCGAGGCAGAACGCCAGAAUUGCGCUCCGCCGCGGCAUUCCCCAAGAAAUUGUUCAGAUUAUCCCCGGCCAGCUCGUCAGCCGUGCCGCUUGGACGCGGCCCGAGAUUCUCCUGGUCCAGCCAGAAGAGACGGGAACUUUUGGGGUGAUCGACGGCGACGAUGCGGCUGAAGGUGCUUGGUGGGGUUUUGGCAUUUACAGAAAUAAGAAGCUGCUCUCCAAUGCUUGGAUGUGUCAUGGGUUGUCAUUGAUCGAUCCCCUUUACGAUCGGUUUGCUUCCAUGAUUGUGGCUAUAAUACCGGCUUUCGCCAGCUUGGCAAUGGACAAGGUUGCAAAUGGCCCCUUCUCAGAGACAGAUUAUGGAAACGCUGACACAGGCGCCUGGGAGGGAGGAAACCAGGCUCAAGUUUGUAAACACACUUUUAUCGGUUGA